AUGGCGACGACAACGGCGACGAUAAACGGCGGAGCCGAUGGCAGCGUCCGGCAGCUGCCCAUUGUCCUCAGGACUACGCAGCCAACCCUUUCGAUCCCUGCCGUGCCUUACCUGGUUCCGACCAACUGGCGACGCUCACAGCUCUCUACGCUGGUCAACCGACUUCUCCACCAUGGCCAGGACGAUGCAGCUACAAUUCCUUUCGACUUCAUUGUAGAUGGCCAGCUCCUCCGCACGUCGCUUGGCGAGUGGCUGCUUCAGAAGGGCCUGACAGAGGAGAACACGGUCGAUGUUUACUAUGUCAGAAGCACCUUGCCUCCGAAGUUCUCGGCAGCCUUCGAGCACGACGACUGGAUCAGCAGUGUCGAUGCUUCGCGCGACGGUCUCUUCCUCACAUCCGCGUAUGAUGGUGCUCUGCGCGUCUAUGGCACUUCGGCAGCAUCGGACGCGCUCUUGACCCACCACCCCAAUCCAGCACCGACAAAAGAUGCCUUUUCGAACCCAGCUCUUGCCUCUACCUGCUGGGUCAAGUCGGCCUCAACGUCGGGGGAUCUGUUCGCUGCCUCGGCAGGCAUGGACGGGCGACUGCGCAUCAGCAGCCUGUCCCUGCCCUCGGAUGAAGCUUCCACGUCUUCCGCUUCGAUCCUGUCCGUCUCGACGCCCUUUGCGGGCGCGAACCCAAGCCCGAUGAGCUCGGUUCGGGCGUCCAAGUCUGGAACAAAGGUCCUUACGGCUGGCUGGGAUGGCUGUGUUGCAUUGUGGGACGUCGAUGCAAAGACGACUGUCGCGGGCGAGGAAGACGAAGAUGACGAGGAAGACGAGCGAGGAGCAAAACGGAGAAAGGGCGCUGCUCUCACGAAAAAGACCGCAUCCUCUAUCACGGGUCCGCCGGUACCCGCAACAAACUGCAGGGUGUCCGGGGCGGUCUUUUCUCCCGAGAGCGACGAGGUCGUCUUUAGCGCUGGCUGGGGCGGAGCAGUAAAGCAGUGGGAUGCUGUCGAGGGCCGGAGCACGUCUGCGAAGAGCUCGGACAAGGUCAUCAUCUCGAUGGAUCUCAUGGCAGGGAACGCGCAGAGCCUCGUCUUGACGGGCCACGUCGACCGGAGCGCCGCUCUCUGGGAUAUGCGAAAUGAUACCACCAACAUCGCCAUUGCUUUCAACUCCGCACAUGCUCUGCCUAUCUCCUCUGUUCGCGCCCACCCAACCUCGGCGAACCUCUUUGCGACUGCCUCGCACGAUGGCCUCGUCAAGCUCUUUGACCUGCGCUCGCCCAAAGCUGCCCUCUUCUCAAUAUCGCGGCCUGCAGCCGAAGGGCUCGGGUCGCAAAAGGCGAAGAAGCUGUUGGCUCUAGACUGGACCAACGACGGCCAGACAAUCGUCGCUGGUGGAGAGGACAAGAAACUGUCUGUCCACAGAGGAGAAGGCAUCGGCAGAGAAGAUGCUGCUUUGUAA